AUGACAAGUAACAAGGUUCCAAGAAUUAUUUUGGGCUGUAUGACAAUGGGCCCUCCGGGGACAAAUGCCGCACGAAUCACUACCGUGGAUGGAACAAGAGAAAUGUUCAAAGUUUUACAGUCGUAUGGCUAUACCGAACUCGAUACUGCUCGAUUAUAUAAUGAUGGUAAACAGGAAGGUUUUACGCGAGAGACAGGCGUACUCAACGAAGGAUUCACCGUAGCUACAAAAGUGUAUCCUACGGAAGCAGGUAUGCAUAAACCUGAAAGACUACGCCAGAUAUUUGAAACAAGUCUUAGAGAACUGGGUCAACAGUCUGUCGAAAUUUUUUACCUUCAUGCACCUGAUCGAAAUGUCCCAUUUGAAGAAACCCUUGAAGAGGUCAAUAAGCUUCACGAAGAAGGCAAAUUCAAGAUAUUUGGAUUGAGUAAUUAUGCUGCUUGGGAGGUGGCACAAAUUACACAAAUCUGCAUUUCCAAUAAAUGGGUUCGUCCAAAAAUCUAUCAGGGCAUGUACAAUGCUCUUACACGUGCCUUAGAAGAGGAACUCGUACCUUGUUGUCGACAUUACGGAAUCGACAUUGUUGCCUACAAUCCUCUAGCUGGAGGCCUUCUUGCUGGACGAUAUAAAUCGUCGUCGGAAAUUCCUAAAGAAGGACGGUUCUCCGAUGCCGAAGGAAACCGAACGGGCAAGUUGUAUCGUGACCGCUACUUUAAUGAUGCCUAUCUCGAUGCCAUUAAUCGUCUUACACUGGUGGUAAAAAAUCAUGGUCUGACUAUUACUGAGACAGCACUUCGAUGGCUUGUACAUCACUCAAAAUUGCGUCCUUUCGAUGGUGAUGGAAUUAUCAUUGGAGCAGGUAGUGUCGAACAAUUGAAAUCAAAUUUAAAUGACUUACAAAAAGAACCUCUACCAGACGAAGUCAUUCGAGCAUUAGAUGAAGCAUGGCAAAGUACUCGAGCCGUUGCGAAGACAUAUUGGAGAUAG